AUAGCAUGUGAUCCUUCACUACUUCAUGUCUCUCAUUAGACCCCAUCCAAAUGACCAUACACCAGUAGAUCCAUUAUCCACAAUGGUGCUCUUCUUUUGUUUUUGUGAUCUUUCCUCUAUAUAUACAGCACACAAUUACCUUGUCAAUCCAACUCAGGCCUUCACAUUCUCAUCAAGAAUCAGAGUUUUCUGUUCUUUACUAAAAUCCUAACAAUCUUCUUGUUGUUCUUACAUUUACAUCCAAGCAAAAUGAUGGCUAUUCGCUUGCCUCGUAUUCUUCAAGCUAAGCAAAAUCUUCUUCGAGGAUCAUCUCCAGCUAGGGAUGUUCGAAAAGGCUAUAUUGCAGUAUAUGUUGGAGAAGAAGAGAAGAAAAGAUUUGUGAUUCCAGUAUCACACUUGAACCAGCCUUCAUUUCAAGAGCUGCUAAGUAAAGCUGAAGAGGAAUUUGGAUUUGAUCAUCAAAUGGGUGGUCUCACAAUUCCUUGUCGGGAAGACAUCUUCAUCGAUCUCACUUCUCGCUUAAAUGCGUCAUAAAAGGGACAGAUGAACAUAUAUUAGAGAGAACAAUUUUGUAGCAUACUUUACAUAUCAUGUACAGAUUGUAAGCAGUGUCUCAAGAGAUUAUUUAUUAUGAAAUCUUUUAAACUUUCACAAA